UCUCGAUCUCCACGCCCUUUUCUUAUUUAUACAAACAUAAGUUUACGGGUGUGCAUUACUUUGAUAAUUUUCAUCAAUUCCAUCACCUUUUAUUGGGAUUCACUAUUCAUGAUUCAUACUUCAUUACCACCAAAUAUUUGAAGAUUGAUUUAUAUUGUGGAAAUAACACAAUACAAUGAGUCGAUUUGGUGAACUACUCGCUCUGUUUUUACAGGAAAGCGAAGAAACGGAGAGAGCAAUGGACCGCGGUGGAAGGUUAAGACGACGGAAGAGUCUCCAUCAACGGCUAGGAUUAAAGAGCAUCGUCUGUUGCGGGUCCACAUGGGGCUUUGGUGCGUCCGCCAUGAGCGUACAAAACGACAACGACAGCGACAACGACGAAGAUUACAAUUACAAUGAGAACCGCAUCAUCGAAUCAGUCCAUCAACAAAUAAAUGUGAUGGACGUCAACCUCACCCGGCUGGACACCAACCCAGAACCCGAGUGCACCCACCCAUCUCCCAGGAUGAAUCUCGCGGCCGCAUUGGCUGCUGAACGUCAGUUCCGGUCAGCAACAGUUUCCGGAACUGACAACAAUGAUGUGUUUAUGAUGUCAACGGAUGUAGGGACACCGUUGAGGAUAUCAUUGAUGAGGUUGUUGGAAGAAACAGAAAGGGAAACGGACGGUCAGGAUGAUGGGGAUGAGGGUUUGGGGAAGGAUCAGAUGUGCUGCGUGUGCAUGGGAAGGAAGAAGGGUGCAGCGUUGAUUCCAUGCGGACACACGUUUUGUAGGGUGUGUUGUAGGGAGUUAUGGUUGAACCGAGGUAGUUGUCCCCUUUGUAACCGAUCUAUCCUUGAGAUUCUCGACAUUUAUUAAUUUUCCCUCGUUAUAUUGUUAUAAAAAUCAGUUUUAUUUUUAAUUAAAAAGAUUUCUUCUAUUUA